GACGUUUAGUACAGUUUGUGGUGUAUGAUCGAUCGAUCAGUCUGGUGUAAUGAGAAAUGCCGGUGUGGGUAUUGUGUUUGGAGGGUCUGGUGGUAUCGGAAGAGCAAUAGCAUUGAAUCUUCUAAAAAACAAGUAUAACGUUGCAAUACUUGGACGUGAUGGCAGUAAAUUACAUUCAGCAAAAGAUGAAAUGGAACGUCAGGCUACAGAAAAUGGUCUGAAUCAUUGCCGUCUUCUGGCACUGACAUGUGACGUCACACAGGCAAGCUCUGUGAAGACGAGGUUGGAAGAGAUAGAAGAUAGAUUUGAUGGUGGUAUAGAUGUUUUAGUCAAUGCAGCUGGAAUCGCACGAGAUGCCCUGCUCUUACGGACCUCGGCAGAAACAAUUGAAGAACUUCUGCAGACUAACCUGAUGGCAUCGAUAGUCACCAGUCAAGCAGUCUUAAGAGGGAUGGUGAAACGAAAGAAAGGAUCAAUCUUGAAUAUUGGGAGUGUGCUUGGUCUUCGUGGAAAUACAGGUUCAACCAUCUAUAGUGCCACAAAAUCUGGUCUUGUUGGAUUCACAAGAUCAUUGGCUAAAGAAGUUGCAUCAAAAGGUGUGUCAGUGAACUUGAUUGCUCCAGGUAAUUUCUAUUCUAAUCUAAUCUGGUCAUUUAUAUAGCGCCUUUCUUUGCAGAUAUAA